AGGUGCAAGCGUAUUUAAAUAUCUUACAAAUAAAUUUCAACUGAGUCAACUCCAUCUGCUGAUGAAGAUCGUGUGAUAUAACUGAAAGCACAAGAGCUGCUACUAAAUGGACAUUGUGAAAUGCUGCCUAAGUUAGAGAGUAAGAUUCACCCAGAGCAAAUCGAGCAGGUGCGGCAGCACAAACUUGAGCUAUGUCGGGUGGUUACUCGUUUUAAAAAGCGCUGCGCCUUCGCCUACUGGACCAAGGAGAACAUCAACAAGAGGGAAUGCUGCUUCUAUGAAAAAGGUGUCAGAGAGGAUGCAUGUAAGUGUGGCUACUCAAAGACCGAACAUGUGGAUGAAGCUAUCAAGCCCGAGGACUUCACAGGCGAGUCGUGGGACAGACACAGACAUAUCCGCGAAGUGCCCACUGAUGCUUUUGGAGACAUCAGCUUUGGUGGUUUGGGACAGAAGACUGGCAAGUAUGUGCGAGUGUCCACAGACACCAGCCCAGAAAUCCUGUACCAGUUACUGACUGAGCAGUGGAAAUUGUCCCCUCCCAACCUGCUGAUCUCAGUGACCGGAGGGGCCAAGAACUUCUACCUGAAGGCUCGACUCAAGAAUGUGUUCCACAGAGGUCUUAUCAAAGUGGCCCAGACAACAGGUGCGUGGAUCAUCACCGGUGGUACGCACACUGGUGUGAUGAAGCAUGUAGGGCAGGCUGUGAGGGACUAUGCCCUAAGCAGCUCUAUGCAAGGCCAGAUCGUGGCUAUCGGCGUGGCAACAUGGGGAAUUAUUCACAACAGGGACGCUUUGGUGCAUCCAGAGGGUUGUUUUCCAGCCCAUUAUUUAAUGGACAUAAAGGGUCAGGGCCGGCUCUCCUGCCUCGAUAACAACCACACCCACUUCCUGCUGGUAGACGAUGGGAGACAUGGACACUAUGGUGUGGAGAUUGAACUGCGUAGCCAACUGGAAAAAUGCAUCUCCAGAAAGCGUCUUGGAAACAAAGAGAGUGGUGUGACCAUCCCUGUGGUGUGUGUGGUUUUGGAUGGAGGGCCAGGCACUCUGAAUACCAUCUAUAAUGCCAUGUUGAAUGGUACACCAUGUGUGAUCUUGGAGGGCUCUGGGAGAAUAGCAGAUGUGAUCGCACAGGUGGCAGGACUACCAGUGACCCGGGUCACCAUCGCCCUCAUCCACCAGUUAAUGAAAAAGUUCUUUGGCCAAGAGUAUGAAAAGUUCCCCGACCUCAGGAUCAUAGAAUGGACCAAGAAGAUUCAGGAUAUCAUCAGGAUGCCUCACUUACUGACAAUUUACAGAAUAGGCGAGGACAAUCACGGGGAUGUGGAUGUGGCUAUUCUUCAAGCACUUCUCAAAGCCUCAAGGACCAGCGAGUUACUAGGAAUCGAGUCCUGGAAAAGGCAGCUGGAGCUGGCUAUAGCCUGGAACCGAGUGGACAUAGCUGAGACUGAGAUCUUUACUGAGGAGAGCCAGUGGAAGUCCAGUGACCUCCACUGGGCCAUGUUCUCAGCCCUGGUUGGCAAUAAGCCUGAGUUUGUGAGUCUGCUGCUGGAGAACGGCGUGAAUCUGAGGGACUUCCUGCAGGACGACGAAACUCUGCCGGAGCUCUACAAACAGCUGCCCAGCUGCAUCUUUCUCCGCAAGCUGGCCAAGCGGGUCCACAGUGCUUGCCGCGGCAGGAGAAGAGCGCUCCGCAUCAGGCGCAGAGCUCACUCAGGGCAAGGCGAAAUGAUCUCCUUGACUCAUGUGUCUGAUGAGGUGCGCCACCUGCUGGGCAGUUUCACCAAGGCCCUCUACCAUCCCUCCACCAUGACAUACAGCUUCAAUAUGUCUUUGGAGGAAACGUCUGUAUCAAUGUCUAAAAGUCCGACGAAUUCUCAAGCUCCACUCAGGGAGGAUGAUGGUGAAGCACAGAGGGACCCGGCCACAGACCUCUUCCUUUGGGCUAUCGUCCAGAACAAUAAGGAGCUGGCUGAAAUUGCCUGGGAGCAGUGUAGAGACUGCAUGUCAGCUGCUCUGGCCGCCAGUAAGAUCCUGAAGACCAUGGCAGAGGAAGAAAGUGAUGCAGACGAGGCAGAGGCCAUGAAAGAGCUCGCCGAUCACUAUGAGAAACACGCCAUUGGUGUGUUCGGUGAGUGCCACAUCAGCGACGAAGAGCGGGCUCGGAAGUUGCUGACACGUGCGUCUCCGUUUUGGGGAAGGACGACGUGCCUGAGGCUGGCACUCGAGGCAGAUGAUAAAAGCUUUGUAGCUCAGUCAGGUGUUCAGGCUCUUCUGACACAGAUCUGGUGUGGUGAGCUGUCAGUGGACAACCCAGUGUGGAGGGUGCUCAUCUGCAUGGUCUUUUUCCCUCUUAUCUACACUGGCUUUCUGGUUUUCAGACGUGACGAGGUCCUCCAGAGAGAAGCUGAUAAGAAUGAGGAAAUCAAGACAGUGGAGUCAGUGACAGGAAGUACACUUCGGACAAAUUCUCGUGGCCUUCUCCCCUCCAGCCUGCAGCGCCUGAGGCCUCUGAGCAGCUGGUCCAGGCUGGUCCACCUGUACUGCUCUCCGCAGGUCAAGUUUUACUGGAAUAUUGUUUCAUACUUCGCUUUCCUCUUCCUGUUUGCUGUGGUGCUGAUGAUCGAUUUCCAGGCCAUGCCCUCUCCUGCGGAGGUGCUGCUUUACAUCUGGCUGCUCUCUCUGGUGUGUGAGGAGGUCCGACAGCUGUUUCACGAUCCUGAUGGCUUUGGGUUUCGUAAGAAAGCCAGGAUGUACAUCAAGGACCUGUGGAAUAUUUUAGAUGUUCUGUCCAUCGUUCUCUUUAUUGUCGGCCUUGCAUUAAGACUCACGACCAAGCUGUUCUAUGCGGGUAAAAUCCUCCUCUGCAUCGACUACGUGGUCUUCUGCCUGCGUCUCAUGGCCAUCUUCACUAUCAGCAGAACCCUGGGACCCAAAAUCAUCAUCGUGAGGAGGAUGAUGAUGGAUAUGUUCUUCUUCAUGUUCCUGCUGAGUAUCUGGGUGGUGGCCUACGGUGUGGCCAAACAAGGCAUCCUCAUCCACAAUGACAAUCGGCUGGACUGGAUCCUCCGUGGGGCAGUUUAUGAGCCGUACCUCACCAUAUUUGGGGAUUUUCCCAAAAAUAUUGAUUACGCUGGGUUUGAGGUAGACAGCUGCAGCAUGAAUGGCACCGAUCCUCUGAAGCCCAAGUGUCCCGUGCUGAAUGAAAACCAAAUGCCAGCCUUCCCUGAGUGGCUCACCAUCAUCAUGCUUUGUGUUUACCUGCUCUUUGCCAACAUACUGCUGCUCAACCUGCUCAUAGCCAUCUUCAACUUUACCUUCCAGGAAGUUCAGGACAACACAGACAGAAUAUGGAAGUUCCAAAGAUACGAGCUGAUCAAGGAGUACCACAGCCGCCCCGCUGCACCUCCUCCUUUCAUCAUCUUCAGCCAUCUUUACCUCUUCACCAGAAGGAUGGUGCUGUGCAGGCCCCCCAUCAUCAGCAAAGAGUUUAAGAGCAAGCUUCCUCAGAUGGAGGAAGAGGAGCUGUUGUCCUGGGAGGCCUUGAUGAAGGACAGAUACCUGCUGUCCACACAGCAGGAGCAGAGUCAGAGCAUGGAGCGACGCAUCCUGGACACGGCCCAAAAGGUUACUGCCAUAACUGAUCGACAGGAGAGGGAAGAGGAGACGGGCUCUGCUGCCAUGGAGCAAAGACUGGCUCGACUAGAGGAGCAGGUCGUUCAGUCAGCCAAAGCCCUGCAGUGGAUUAUGGACAGUCUGAAAUGUCGGGGUUUUACAGCUAAAGAGGCACAGCCAUCAGCUUUGCUUACAGCAGACGAGUCUCUUGACAGGAGUACAUCAGAGAAAGAGGACGGGUUCCACGUGAACGCGCGUCAGUUCCACUACCCGGACAGCAAACUGACACGCUUCCCUGUGCCCGAGGAGAAGGUGCCAUGGGAGGUCGGCUUCAGCUCAUACAUGCCGACUUAUUACGCCUCUGAAGACGGUGGGGACCAUGUGGAUGGAUCGGAAUCAGAAGCCGUAGAUAAUUACAAAAACCCAGAAGGGAGGACGGGCAUCAGGGGACGAGGUGCACUGAGUCGCCUCGGUCCAAAUCUGAAUACAGAGCUUGUGCUCACACGGUGGCGAGACAGCGAGAGAUCUGUUUUGGAGUACAUGGUGGUUUGGGAUGAGAGCCAGGGCUCCUUGACUUUACCUGGGGGACCCGUCGAAUCUGCUGAUCACUUGCCAGUGACUCUCAAGAGAACCAUGGGAAAGACACUGUAUGAAAAAAUAAAUGCAAUAGCAUCAGAGGGAACAAAGGUGUUUCAGGGUUAUGUGGAUGACUGCAGGAACACAGAUAACGCCUGGGUAGAAACCACCGUGCUAAACAUUCACCUGGACAGUCCGAGCCAGAUGAUGGUCGAUAUCAACAGUAUGGUGGCGAGCAGCCAUGGCGCUCUUCAAUGGCGGGAGGUGAGCGGCAAAACCAGACUGGGCUCAAACCAAAGAGACUUUCUGCGGCAGGUUGCCGAGCUGCACAACAGGAAGUUCUGAUGUUCUGCACUGCUGAUGCUGUAAAUGUGCCUCUCCAUACACAGGGUUUCUUCUGCCUGUUCAUGUGGCCUUUUUUUAAAGGCUGGUCAGUUCUGUUGCACUGAAAGUACUUGAAACAAGACACUAUAAAGCCAUGAUGUUUGCUUCUGUGGAUUAUUUUUUAACAAUUUGCACAAAUGUCAUAAGCCAGUAAACUAAAGGUUUCACCCAUACACUUCACUGUACACUUUAUGCUGUCUUAUAUGUGUACGUUCAGAAUAAAUACCUCAUUUUGAGGGAGUUUACAGGAGUAUUUCCAUUUGUAUGCCACUUCAUCACUACAUUUCAGAUGCAAAUACGGGUCGUUUUACUUCACUAUAUUCAUCUUACACUGCAGUUAGUCGUACUUUUUCCAUACAACAUACAAAUGCAAAUCAAAAUGAUGCAUUGCUCUGGAUAAAAAUUCCCAACUCUACUCUAAGUACUUAGAAAAGGGUCCAGCUGCAACAUGAAAAUGUUGCUUACAAGCAUCAAAAAUAAAAAUGCAAUAAUAUAACAUAGUAUAUAUUGACUUAAAUUUAUGAGGGACCAUACUGCAUAAUGAGGACUGUUAUUUUUCAUGUAUUUUGCUUCACUUGUAAUGCAGUAUUUUUACUUUAUAGUAGGCCAUUGCUGCUUUUAUUAAAGCGAAGGAGUAUUUCUUUAUCCACUCAGUCUUCCUGUAUGUCCAGGUAUCUCUGUACAUUUACCUCAUGUGCCACC